AUGGGUUGCAUUAGGAAAAAAGCUGUACCCAUAUGCAGAGGUGCACAACAUACUUUACCUUCUAUUGAACUUGCUGAAAAACAAACAAACACUCCAAGUAUUUCAAGUUCUUCAAGCAUUCUUAGUACUUCAAGCAUUUCCAGUUUUAUCCAAAUGAGAUCGAAUACGUUGACUACCGAACAUAUAGUUAUAGAAAGCUGCUUAGAUGGGUCUGAUAAUAACAAUAGUGAUUUACAUGAUCCAGACAUUUCAAGUGAUAAUAAGAAUCUUAUGAGUCCUAUUGAUGAUGAUAUUUUAGAAAAUGAGUCAACUCAUUCAAAUUUUAAGCGAAAAAAUAAAGAAACAAUAAAUGAAAAUGCAAAUUUGUGGAAAAAAAUCUAUGCAAUUGGUGAAGCGAUUUAUACUGCAAUCGAAAAAACAAAGUAUUCAACCAAUGAACACUUGAUGAAGAUAUAUUAUGAUACAUUAUUGGAUAUAAAAGAGUUCAAAGAAGCUGAUAUUACAAAAGAGUUUUAUUUGAAACUUAACCAACCUGUUAAUGCUAAUAAUGAUCCGCAUUACAAUUAUCUUAAUUUGAUAAUUGAUCGUACCUUUGCAGAUCCGAAUACUGAAAAAAAUUCUAUUGCAUUUGGAAUGGCUGUUGCUUUAAACUAUUUUGAUCCUUCAAAAGGAAUUAGCAUGGUUUCAAGUAAAGUUGCAGAACGCAUGAAUCACAUUCUUGAAAAAAUGCAA